UGAAGGUAUUUAAAUUUGGCACUAGAAGAUGGACGCAGUUUAACAUGAUUGCCACGUACCCAGACGCGUAUGCGAAGACAACGAAGUUCGGUAUCAAGAGCUCAACACGGGUUAAUUGCUCUUGGGAGGGAGCAAUUGCAUUGCAGUGCAGUCACUGCAGUGACAAUGGUCGCAUUGAGAGGGAUCGAAUUUCUCUCUCUCUCUCCAUUGUAAGCACGAUUGAUAUAUGGCAGAUACGGCAGAGCAACAUCAAACAGUUAGCUGCCUGUGUUCAGCAGACCCGGUGAUACUACGCAGCCAGUCGAGCGCGCCAAACACAACCAACGAUGGUAGUGCUGCAGCAUUUGAAGUGUACCAACGACAUCCGCCAGCAUGCAACAAUCGUGGGAGUGGUGCAGAUAUUCGGCGUGAUCAGCUACGCAGUGCUAUGUGCAGUUUGGUAUCACAAUGAUACAAAAGACCUGUCGGAAGAUAUUAAAACGAUCUUGAUGUACAGCUUCAUCGCGGUCGUCAUUGCCACAACCCUUAUGACAUGCGUUUACUGGAUCGGGUUUCUCAAGCGUAAGCGUUGGUGUCUUACGGUGGUAAUCGUGCUGCUGUUCAUCGGCAUCCCGUUACAGUUCCUCUCCAUAUUUGGUGCAAUCGCUCAGAAGGAUGUCACGAAUGUUUUUGCACAAUUACUACAGUUAGCCAUUGCCAUCUACAUGCUGUCGGUCACACGUAAACUGCGCAAAGUCUACCUGGAAGAUGAACUCGCAAACUAUGUGCUCAACGAGCAACCGCGAAUGCAGAGAGCGAAGAAUGAUCACGAAGAGAUUGCGUAGGCUAAGGAAUAAUCCUUUAUGGCUGCAAUUUUCCUUUGAGAGCAUUUUUUAACAAAAAAUAACCAAUCAACAAAAUCAGUGGAAGUGUUGACCGUCCCUCAAGCAGCUUUCAAUCGUCAAUCGUCGUGGUCAAAAAACACAGACACCUCUAGUUCUUUAACGCUGACGCUGAUAUCUUUAAUAUUCAAUCUACGUCUCUAUGAAGCUUUAAGUUAGUUCCUCAAAAUACUUGUCGCGAAAGACGAAGGUGGCACUUUUUUUUUAUUCAUAAAGAACGGCCUGGCCGUAUUGCUACGAAGGUGGCACUAUUAAGAACAUUUUUUAUCUCAGAACUCACAUAGGGCUCUGAGACAUGGAAUCUGUUCAACCGUCCUAGCCACGUUCGAGAGGAAGAUGCUCAGAUUCUCUUUGGCCCCAUAUGUGUGAAAGGACAAAGACGAGCAGCUCACUACACUCGCCAGGCUCGCCGGUGGGCUGAUCAAGUCUCGAUAUUGGCAUUGCACGACCCAACCCGAAAAAUCCUUCUAGGUCGUCCUUACGGUCAGAGAAGGCGAGGCAGGUCCGACUUGAGAUUAAGUGAUGGCGUUGAUGCGUCUGCCAAAACGGCCGGGAUAAUUGAUAGGCAGACGACCUGCUCUAGAAGGACUCUUCCAUGAGAAGAUUCAAUAUCUGUGAAGGUUCAUUCUCCGCUGAAAUAGCCUCCUAAGUCACAGUGUUCCAUAUGAUUGCUUGGCUAUUUUUACUAUGAAGCGCGUUAGACGAGAGCCCUUGUAUGAAACAGUCGAUUGCUGACUGUCUAAACCACUGCCCCGUGAAUCAUGAUGUGCAUAAGAACUGUGCCAAGCUCGUACGUAAACAGAAGAAGGCUCAAGCAGCAUGUUUGUAAUGCAGCAACAUGCAAACACACCACAACCACCGACGAAAAAAGCCGGUAAUCCGAAUACGCCAACCGACUGCGUUCGAUCGUGGGCAGCAUGGUGCAAGCGUUCAGUAGUAGUGGUGCUGGUGGUGCGAUGUCUUGCACAACAUAAGAUCGGCCUGGACUCGGUUUGAAUGCUUGCCCAAGCGACCUCAAAGGAGGGCUGAUGAUUUGAAUGAAUAAAUGUGUGUGAGUGUGGCUGCGAUACAUGCGAGCAUUGCACCAGCUCGCUUUAGAACAUUGCGGGAGUGAAGUGGAAAUGUGCUUUUAAAAAAUUCAUUUCCUUUUCGAUCGAUACGAUCACGAUGGAAGGAAAAACAGUUGGUUAACAAUUAGCCGUUGAAUAAUACAACUCACUCAAAUGAUGAGAGUGCAACACGUGUUCGUACGUGACCGUCUCACCGCGAAACAUCAAUCACAAAGUUCCGGGGAGAAAGAAUCGAUUUCUUCAAGUUGUACACACAUAUGUAUCGACUAAUGACCCAGUUGUGGUUGGCCGUUCCCUACCCCCGGUCGCUGACAGGGGGGAGGGGAGGGGAGAGGGAGGGGGGGGGGUGGUUGAGAAUUAGCAUUAGAAGAAGCCACAGUGGGAAAAUGCAUGUGAAACACGUUUGAGCACGGAGCCACGCGACGAUGUUGGCAUGGGCAUGGCGUGAGGCGAUGGUGAUGAUGAUGCACCGACACAUUUGUGGAGCGUUUAGAGACGUUUCACUCCAAACGUGAUUCCAACGGUCGUAUGCUGGUGGUGGUGGUGUCGGUACGAUGCUCGCUGUAGGGUACUGUGGAGCCCGAAUACUUGCAGCAAACAUUUUCCAUUAGCUACGGUAAUGGAAAAUCAUUCUCAACAUCAACAUUAUCACCGCGAUUGAGUGUCGUAAAUGAGUUACAAGAAAUGUAGAUGUGGUUGAGAAAUUUUUUGAAAAUUAUUGGCUAGUUAGAGUAGGAAAACAAGAUAGAGCCCUUUGGUGUGAAGUCUUGAACCAGGCAUUAGACUUUGUGAUGUCUUGCACCGAAAUUUAAUAUCUCGUCUGAUCUGCAAUAUUUAGAG